AUGAAUACUCUAAGAACUACAUAUGGGCAUGAAGACAUUGAGCCAUUCUAUGUUGGUGGAACUUCAGCCACCAUCUCCCGAAGUGGUAACUUUAUGGCAACAGCUGUGGAAGAAGAUGUUACCAUCACCAACUUGAAUAGUGAUGAGAUUAUAGACAAGAUAGAAGGAGAUGGGGAAGUGAUUACUAGUUUGGUGAUGACCCCAGAUGGUACCAAAUUGGCCAUUUUAUCACAAUCUCAACAGUUACGAAUCUACGAUACCUUGAGCAAGCAAAUCAUAAAGAGCUUCAAGAUGAGCUCGCCCGUUUACAUAUCAACUGCUGAUUCGACUUCAUCACUUUUUGCAUUUGGAGGAUCGGAUGGUGUUGUUACCGUGUGGGAUAUUGAUGGAGGAUAUGUUAGUCAUUCGUUAAAGGGACAUGGAACCACCAUUUGUGCAUUGGCAUUUCAUGGUGAAUUAAACUCAACUGAAUGGAAAUUGGCAAGUGGUGAUACCAUGGGAAGUGUGCGGAUUUGGGAUUUAGGUAAAAGAAAAUGCAUCAAAGCUAUCAAUGAGCAUUCAGCUGCUGUCAGAGGAUUAGCAUUUAGCAGUUCUGGUGAACAGUUUGCAACUGGUGGGAGAGACCAAGUCGUACUUACAUUCAGUACCAAGACAUGGAAGCAUCAAAGUACACAUCCUGUGAAAGAGCAAAUUGAGAAUAUCGGUUAUUUAUCAAUUCAUGGAAAGGACUAUUUGUAUACUGCUGGUUCAACCAACACCUUGCGUAUUUGGAGCCCUAAGCAGAAUGGAGAAAUGAUCUUAAUAGCUGAAACAGAAAAACCAUUGGAAACAAAUGAAGAAUUGCUUAUUAUAGAUGUUCUUAAGUUGGAUCAAUAUUCUCCUAAAUACCUUUUGGUAAUUAGUGAUCAAACUUUGGCUGAGGUUGAUUUGGAAUGUUUAUUUGAUGGCGAUGUUGAUCUUGAACAACAAGAGUCUACAACUACUUUACCAAUAGGUAGAAGGUUUGCUGGUAAUCAUGGUACUAUUGCUGAUAUGGUUUAUACUGGACCUGAACUUCUGUUAGUUGCUCUUGCUACCAAUUCACCAUCUCUUAGAAUAGUGGAUCCUAUCAAUCCUUUACAAUUUAUACUUUGUGAAGGUCAUCGUGAUUUAUUAAAUGUUGUUGAUUCAACUGAGGACGGACAAUGGUUAGCUACCGGUUCCAAAGACAAUGAUAUAAUAUUAUGGCAUUGGAAUGGACAAGAAGAAACAUUCACCAUAUAUUGUACAUUUACAGGACAUGCUGGAGCCGUAACAGCAUUAGGAUUAAGCAAAGUGAAUAAUGGAAGACCGGACUUUAUUAUUAGUGGAUCAAGUGAUUUAACUGUUAAGAAAUGGAAGAUCCCCAAGACUGAGACUGAAAUUAUAAAGGUCUCUGAAUAUACCAGAAGAGCUCAUGAAAAGGAUAUUAAUGCCAUUGAUAUUUCACCCAAUGAUGAAUAUUUUGCUACUGCUUCAUAUGAUAAAACAGGAAAGAUUUGGGACGUUGAUACUGGAGAAACCAUUGGUAUAUUAAAGGGACACAAGAGAGGUUUAUGGGAUAUUAAUUUUUGUCAAUAUGACAAACUUGUGGUUACAGCUAGUGGAGAUAAAUCUGCCAAGUUAUGGUCAUUAACCGAUUUCAGUUGUAAAAAGACAUUUGAAGGACAUACAAAUGCCGUACAAAGAUCUAAAUUUAUUAAUGGUAAUCAACAAUUAUUAACCACUGGAGCCGAUGGGUUGAUUAAACUUUGGGAUUUGAAAGUUGAUGAUGAUGCAUUAAAGACUUUUGAUAACCAUCAGAAUCGGAUUUGGUCGCUUGAUGUAAAGAAAGACGGUGAAACAUUUGUUACUGGAGAUGCAGAUGGUCAAAUAACGUUUUGGGAAGAUAAUUCUGAAGAAGAAAGAGCCAGAUUGGAGCAAGAAAGCAAAUUGAAAAUUGAAAAAGAGCAAACAUUGAAUAAUUACGUCAACAACAAAGAUUGGUCCAAUGCGUUUUUAUUGGCAUUAACAUUAAAUCAAUCUAUGAAGUUGUAUAAUGUCAUUAAGGCAUCUAUUGGAUUAAAUCAAGAUUCUAAUUCAAUUCUAGGAUCAAUUGAAUUGGAAAAUACCAUUGGCAAAUUAUCACAAGAUCAAUUGUUACUUUUACUAAAGAAAUUAAGAGAUUGGAAUGUCAAUUUCAAAUUAUUUGAAAUCAGUCAAAAAGUUUUAAUGGUUAUACUUUUUAAAUUUGAAGUUGAAAAACUUAUUAGUAUACCCAAAUUUGGUACAUUAAUUGAAGCCAUUAUCCCAUAUAACGAACGUCAUUUGAAUCGGAUUGAUGAUUUGAUUCAGCAAAGUUAUACACUUGAUUAUGUUUUGGAAGAAAUGAAUAAACUUGUGGUUUGA